UGUGACUGCAUCCAUAAUAGCACAUGCGCAGUUGAUACUGGUCAGUGUAAUUGUACGGCGGGGUUUACAGGGAUAAGGUGUGAACAUACGUGUUCAUCAGAGACAUCAGGGAAAGAUUGUCAUGUGAAGUGUGGAUGUGAUCAAGGAAAAUGUAAUCCAUUUACUGGAGUUUGCAGGUGAGCUGGCUCAUCUUAAGAGGGCGGGUAAUGUUUUUCCAUGUUCGUGCACGGGUCCAGUGAAGGUUAGUAGAAUUAUAUACCGAGCUGUCACGGUUGAGUGUUGGAACAGCCUAAAUAAAGCUUUUUCAAGCAGGCAGUUCUACAUUGAAACACGGUAGCUUAGUAUAUAAAAGCCUCUUACUAACCCAGCUGUUGCAUGCUGUCGCCAUAUUCCUAGCCAGUGCCCUUGUGAGAGGAAUUCACCCCCCUGAAAAUAUUCCAAAUGGCGAACAUUCAGGGGGUGAAUGCUUCUCGUAAGCGCACUAGCUAGGAACAUGACGAGUGCAUUUUGAAGACGAAUCAUUGGGAGUCAUGACGUAGCGGCGGUUUCGCUUUUUUGCCUGAGACGGACUAUUCUGUGCCGCUAAGCUACCGUGGAUCAUUUUGAGUCCUAUAGUAUCCUUCACUUGUACUUUCAGCUGCCGCCCAGGAUUCAACGGCACAAAGUGUGAACAACGCUGUCCACCAAAUACUCACGGCCCACGGUGUGUGGGCAAGUGCGAUUGUUACAAUAAUGCUACAUGUCGUGUUGAGGACGGAUCAUGUGACUGCUUAGAUGGAUGGAUUGGAGUUUCGUGCCGAAACCCUUGUCCCCUUGGGUAAGUGGAUAUAUAAUUAUAUAUUUUAAAAUUCAUAUCAUGCUAUAACUAAAUUAUCAUACCUCAACUUCAAUUGUCCUAGGAACUACUGUAUUUGUGUCACGUGAUAUAUCAUCCCUUUGAGAAGUAUGUCGCCAUAUCUUCCUGUCUCCAGCUCUAUUAAUGAUAAAAGUUUUAAAUUUAGGACUUAUGGCAAGAAAUGCGCGAAGAAAUGUCAAUGUAAAAAUGGCGGAUACUGCAGCCGUUUUGAUGGCCGUUGUACAUGUACAGGAGAGUGGCAAGGAGUUCAUUGUGAUAAAAGUAAGUGCUAGAACUUCCUUGCGCAUGAAAACUAAGCCGUAUCAUUACAUUUUACGAAAUAUUCAAAUUAUGCUUUAGAAUGUGACGACUGGACUUUUGGAAUAAACUGUACAAAUAAUUGCACAUGCGUACAAAACAACACUUUGAGGUAAAGGAAUAUUGAACAAUUAUUGAAUGAAGUGGUAAUGAAAUAUUUAUCUGCUCAAGCCAAAAGGCCCAGGUUUUACCCAGACUCUUAAAUUUUUCUUUUGACAAGCAUUAAAACAUUUUUCCAGCUGCCAUGGAAUAACUGGCGAAUGUAAAUGCAAAGCUAAAUAUAUUAAGGAAAAUUGCAGCGAACGUCAAGGUAUUGUAUGCUGUUGUUUCAUUGAAUAUCAGGCGAUGCGCUCCUUCAUAAGCAAUAUUUUUAUGUGCAUUUUUUUUCUUUUAUAGUUUGCCCGAAAGGUUCCUACGGGAAAGGCUGUAAACAACAGUGUCCCUGCAACGAUAGAGGAGCUUGUGAUGAGGUGAAUGGAAAAGUUAUUAAAUGUUUUUGUGAUGAUGGAUACGAGGGGGAGAAGUGUGAAUAUA